GGGAUGACGUCACUGGUGAUGAUCGGCAUGAUGUCAUGAUUCAUUAUUCUUAUUGGCUCACUGGCUCUGAUUAUUGUGAGCUGAUCGACGGAACACCGUGGACACUCUGUUGACCAGACUCCUCUUAUAUCGUCUCACAGUCCUCCCUCCCUCCCUCCCUCCAAUCUGAUCCCCACCAAAAUCCAAUUAGACAUCCACACCUGCAUCCCAAUCCAAAAACAAAAACAAAAAAACAAAAAACAAAAAACACUUUGCUCGUCAUGUUCCCUCAAACCUUGGUCAUUAGAAGAGUCGCCGGCCUUCAUCGACCUGCUUCAUUAAUGACUGCUCCGGCUCGUCGAACGUUCCAUCAUGGACAAAUAGUCUAUCUUCCUACGGGUCAACACAUGGCUGCCGAUGGCGAAGAGCUCAAAUCGGAACGCGAUAAACACAUGAAGAGCGGGAACAAGGAUUGGAACGAAAAGUUGGCUACCCACUCCGAGGCCGGGAUCCGUGCCGAAAAAGACACGCGUAGUGCGGCUGCCAUGCAAAAGGACACCGUCAAGGACUCUUCUUCCGGCAGAAACAACUAGCUGAACAUGAAAUUUUCAACCAGUCGAGAUCAACUUGACAUAUAAAUAUGUCACCAUCCUGUUUUAUUAUCAAGAUUAUUGUUAUUAACCUGUAACUCUAUGAUGAUCUUGGGACCCGAAUUAACUUGAUCCUCUGUAGAGCGAAAAAUCGUUGCUUUGUAUCCAUACACUUUCGGCACUAUGCACUUAACAACUUAUCCUAAGAGAAAUUCAGCAAUCUGCUCUGCGAAAGUGUCGAUUUCAAGA